AUGGCCACUAAAUGGCUAAUGGAUAGUCCAGGAUUUAAUGAUCCUGCAGCAUGGAUAGAUGAUUACUUACCAUGUAGUCGAGAACGGGCAAUAUUUCCCGAAAAAUAUGAAGCUUUGCUGCCACUGCCAGCCAAGGUGGAUGUUGGAGGCUUUGUGCUGCCCAAAGAUGGAGCCAUCUUUUUGCAAAUGGAAUCGACAAUUACCCUAGAAGGAAAUGAUAAUAAACGUGAUUGUGAUAAAGGUAAAGCUGUGUUAAAACAACCUACGGUACGCAAAUGGUUUGAUCCGAAAACAUGGCGUUCUUCAAAGGAUGUAGUGGCGAAUGCUGCCAUACCCGAUAUGGAAAGGGUACCGUGUAAUAAUGAAUCGGUAGUAAUUCGAGCCAAUGGUCCCUUGGCAUUGGAUUUGGAAAAUAUUGCCUAUUUGCGCAUGGGGCAAAUGAGUUUUGCCGGAUCUCUGCUGUCUCGAGAUUAUUUACGCCAAUUGCUGUACAAUGAUUUGGGUCAAUUUCUUUUCCGCAAUCAGGCCGGAGUAAAUGUGGAAUAUUAUCACCAUGACGUGUGUGGCUGUCACAAAGAUUUCAAUAAUUUCGGAGAACCCAUUUGCCAUAACAUCAUUGAGUCUUGUGAGCGACCCCAUUGCCUGGUACCCGUUAUGCCCUAUGGCAGUUGUUGUGCCAUUUGUGGUGCUGUCAUUAAAUUCCAGGUGGAAUUUUGUGAAGAUCGCCGCUACAAUUGGUUGCAAACUAUUUUACGGGAGGCCAUUAAAGAUCAGGAUCUUCAGGGUGAUCUGGAUUACUAUGUGAAUUAUGUUAAUUCACAAAAUUAUGGCAAUUAUCUGCAAGCUGUCAUCGUAGAUCGUGAUGGUUACUCGGAGAGGAGUGUCAAGUUCCUGGCAAAACUCAACGAAACCAUUGAUUGGGUGAGCCGACUGAAAUUGGAUAGAAAACAUAUUUUUGGUAUUGAAUAUUCGGGGCGACCAUAUAAUCCAAAUGUUACCUUUGGUUCGAUUUUAUUGAUAUUCCUGUGUUUGAUAUUUGUUUCGGUGGUGGCCUUGGUCAUCUUUGCCCAUUACAAUCCGGAUAAUCAGUAUUUGCAUUAUGUACCACGUUGGGUGUAUGAUCCGAAUAGAUGGCGCAGUCUUUUCCAAAGACGUGAUGCCGUAUUUGCACGUUUUGAUAACACGAGGGCCAGUGUUAUUACCACUGCGGAUGUGGGUGGCAGUGGUGGUGGUAGAUCUGUAGCAAAAGGUUUUACGAGGAGUUAUGGUGAUGAUGAUGACGGUGAUGCUGAAAGUGGUGAUGUUCGCAGUAAACGUGCCUUUGAUAAUCCAUUAUUUGAUGAAAAGCCCAGUACCAGUACAUCAAAGGGGAAGAGUGAUGGCUUGGCAAUGGAGGUGGCCACCAGCAGCAGCGGCAGUUCAAUCAAGGAAGUACCACAAUUGCUAAUGGAAAGUGUUGAUAUGUCGGACACCAAUAUUGAGACCCACGAUGAUGAUCAUGAAGAUGAACAGGAAUUAACCGAAAUUAAAUUGGACACAUCAUCUGACGAGGAAGAUACGAAGGAACAGGAAACUAAGGAAUAA